CCGCGGCUCCGUGCCCGCCGCGGGACGCGGGCCGCCGGCGGCGACGAGCGGCAGCCCGAGCCCGUCCUGUCCGGGCUGCCCGGAAACUUUCCCGGGGCGCAGGGCAGAUGACAUGACCAAAGUCAAAACAAUGCAUGAACUGAUGAGAAACAGCACUCAGAACGUUAGCUGCUUCCUUGCUGGAAAUCCUAAGUGCAACUUUACUACCAAGAGACCCUGAUGUUCUGUAAUCACUGAGCACAGUUUGCAAGAAUGGAAAACCAAAGGAAAACCAAAACUAGUUGCAUCUCAUAAGUAAAAGACUUCAAGAUUCAGCUGAAUCAAAAAAUUAUUCCAGCCAUGGGAGAAAAUGCAAGUUUUUGGGAAAGUCUGAUAUAUGCACAUCCUACAUGUACCAGCUGGAAGCAAGAGGCAGAGGGAUCUAUCUACCACCUAGCCAGUAUUUUCUUUGUCGUGGGCUUCAUGGGUGGAAGUGGAUUCUUUGGGCUCCUCUACGUCUUCAGCUUGCUUGGACUGGGCUUUCUCUGCUCUUCUGUUUGGGCUUGGCUGGAUGUGUGUGCUGCUGAUAUAUUCUCCUGGAAUUUUGUACUGUUCGCCAUAUGCUUCGUCCAGUUCGUUUAUGUUACCUACCAAGUCCGGAGUGUUGCCUUUGACAGGGAAUUCCAGGAACUCUACAGUGCUCUCUUCCAGCCUCUGGGAAUUUCCUUGACUGUGUACAGGAAGAUUGUCUUGUGCUGUGAUGCAGAAGUGGUCACCCUGGAGAAGGAGCAUUGUUACGCCAUGCAGGGCAAAACACCUAUUGACAAACUGUCCUUGCUUGUGUCAGGCAGGAUCAGAGUGACAGUUGAUGGGGAGUUUCUGCAUUAUAUUUUUCCUCUUCAAUUUCUGGACUCUCCUGAAUGGGAUUCACUGAGGCCCACAGAAGAGGGAAUUUUCCAGGUAACACUCACAGCAGAGACAGACUGUCGGUACGUGGCCUGGAGGAGAAAGAAGCUCUACCUGCUGUUCGCUAAACACCGCUUCAUCUCCCGCCUCUUCUCCAUCCUGAUCGGUAGCGACAUCGCCGAGAAGCUGUACGCGCUGAACGACAGGGUGCACGUGGGGCAGGGCUUCAGGUACGACAUCCGCCUGCCCAACUUCUACCACGUGGCGCUGCCCGAGACCCCUCCGGUGCUGCCGCCGCCGCGCUCGCACCGCCUGCAGCGGGGCUCGCCCCGCCGCCCGCCCGCCGCGCCCGCCAACUGCGGCUCCUUCCUCGCUCCCUCCUAGGCAGGGACACCCUGCCCCAGCCGCUCCUCACAGCCCCGCCGGAGGGAAAUGGGAGCUGGCGGAGCAGAAGGGCAGAGAGACGGAAGCAGAUGAAGCCAAAUUUGACUGACAAGUGCCAUUAACUGUUAUGAGUAGAAAAGCUGCCCGUUUUUGUAAAAGGUUGCAGAGUUCACAGGUUGGGCUAGUUGCUGCCAGGGUGGAGUUCUAACUGUUAUUGUAAUCACCUGUCGUUUUCAUUAACUACCUGUCGUUGACGGUUAAGAAUUCCUGGAGGGUGGCACCCAGACGGAAGGUGAAGAGGAGGAGGCCUCGGAGUUAGCAUGGAAAUGACAUCGGAGCCAGCAUGCAACGGGAGAAGCCCCUCACCAAACCUAGCCAAAAACCCCUAAAAACAGCGAGCCACCACAAAAUUGACGAAUCAAAGUGAUUACAAGACUUGAGGAACAAAAUCUAGUAUCUGCUAAGACCCUUUUUACCCCUCACCCUAACCAAAGAUGUCGGCUAGACAGAGGACCUCAAAUGUUGAGCCAAGAAGUGGGGAAUUUCGUGAUGCUCCUGUGCGGAUGGAAGCCCCAGCUCUGUCCCCAGACCAGUGGACAAAGCUGCACUCUUUCUCUGAGUCACUCCCGGGAGCAGGGGUGGCGUGAGUGUGGACCGAUCGCUUCUCCCUGUCUGAGAAAGAUCUCCUGCCUGUGUUUGUUUCAUUAACUGGAGUAGGUUGAAUUCUCUAUCUCAAGCCAGCAGGUUGGCUUCUGCAUUUUGACUGUCUGUGCAAUAUGUUUACUUUCUGUUGAUACUCCUUCAUCUCUUUUGUUUUGGAGUAGAACAAAUCAUAACAAUAUGAGGUCUUAUUGCAAUUGUGGUGGCCUCUGUGGU